AUGGCUGUUAAAGGUUUAGGUCAAUUAGACAAGCAAUAUGAUGGUAGUCAAAUUAGAGUGGGGAUUAUUCAUGCCCGUUGGAAUAAAUCAAUUAUUGAUGCCUUAGUUACUGGUGCUAUCAAAAGAAUGAAAUCAUUAGGUGUAAAAGAAGAAAAUAUUAUUGUUGAAACUGUACCAGGCUCAUACGAGUUACCUUAUGGAUCUAAGAGAUUUAUAGAAAGACAAAGAAAAUUGAAUGAACCUUUGGAUGUUGUUAUCCCAAUUGGUGUUCUAAUAAAGGGUAGCACUAUGCAUUUCGAAUAUAUUUCUGAUUCAACCACUCAAGCUUUGAUGGCUUUGCAAAACCAAGUCAAUUUGCCUGUUAUCUUUGGACUAUUAACUUGCCUAACCGAAGAACAAGCAUUAGCUAGAGCUGGUAUUGAUGAAGCAAAAUCUAUGCACAACCAUGGUGAGGAUUGGGGUGCUGCAGCAGUUGAAAUGGCUGUUAAAUUCGGUCCAGUUCAUAAUGACUUUUAA